ACAGCCGAUGACAUAUGCGGGGAGAUAGAGCUCCGUUACUUCCACCUUGAUUUCUAACCUUUUGACAACUCUUGACUUGUCCAUCUUUACUUUUCAAACAGCGUCAAUUGGACUAUAAACCCAACCGCCAAAAUGCAAAGUCUUCGAAUCGCCAAACCCUUUCCCUCUCGUUUCGUCAAAACGGUGGCUCCUCGUAUCAGAAGACCAUACUCUACACCUUCUGAGCACAGCUAUGAGCACAUCCAACUCAGCACACCUCGUCCUGGUGUCGCUUUGAUCACCCUCAACAGACCCAAAGCCCUAAACGCCCUCUUCUCCCCCCUCAUCAACGAACUAAACACCUGCACAUCCGCCCUCGACAAAGACCCCUCCAUCUCCGCCAUCGUCCUCACCGGCUCCCCCAAAGCCUUCGCCGCCGGCGCAGACAUCAAGGAAAUGGCUCCCAAAACCUUCUCCGACGCCUACGGUGCCGACUUCAUCGAAUCAUGGUCCAACCUCACUCUUAUCAAGAAACCGGUCAUCGGUGCGGUGAAUGGGUAUGCGUUGGGUGGUGGCUGCGAGUUGGCUAUGAUGUGCGAUAUCCUGUACGCCAGCAAAAGCGCCACGUUUGGCCAGCCGGAGAUCAAAUUGGGUAUUAUACCCGGCGCGGGAGGGACACAACGACUCACCCGUGCGAUUGGAAAAGCAAAAGCCAUGGAGAUCAUCCUCACGGGUGAAAACUUCUCGGGUGAACAAGCAGAGCAGUGGGGUUUGGUUGCCAAAUGCUUUGAAGAUGCCGACGCUUGUGUUGAAGGUGCGCUAGACACAGCGGCCAAGAUUGCGGGAUAUUCGAAGAUUGCGGUAAAGGCUGCUAAAGAGGCUGUCAACAAGAGUCAGGAUUUGGGUGUUAGGGAGGGUGUGGAGUAUGAGAGGAGACUCUUCCAUGGUUUGUUUGGAAGUCAGGAUCAGAAGAUUGGUAUGAAUGCUUUUGCGAACAAGAAGAAGCCUGAAUGGACGCAUUCGUAGAGGAUUGUCCAAUGGGGCUCGGAAACAGUCUUGAUGUUUAGCUAGACAAGCAGUAAACGUUCAGAGUCAAGAAGACACAACUAAACCGUUUGCUUGGUUCCUAUCACAAUUUCUAGCCCUCUCCAUU